AUGAAAUCUGGCCAAAGACACGAAUCGACACCAAAGACCAAUACGUUAAGACAAUAUGGGAUCGUUUAUUGUUAUCCAAAACUAUUUUAUGCCAUCGAUUUGGAAGCGAUUUCAUGUCUCGUAACUUUUGAACAAACGCUCAUUUUGUGCCAAAAUAAUGAUAUCGACUCUCAGAUCGAUGAAAUCUCAAUCACAGACACUGAAUCUUCUGAACAUAAUUCAAAGCAAUUGUCAGCCAAACCAUUGGGCACUUUCACACCCGAUAUGCCAUCCGUUCCCAAAUCGGAACGAAUUAAAACCAAUAAAUAUUGUUACGAUAUAAUUAGAUUACUGGCCAAAUCACAGCAGGCAGUCAUCCACUUCUCCACUCUAUUCCAAGAGCUCAGAAGCGCUAACAGAGAAGAAGAUUCGCAUUCUACUUCUUUUAGUGAUUUAAGCGAACAAUUAGUGUUUAUAUCGGAAACGAAACGAUCGAAAGACAUAUACAUCGAUAAAUCAUAUAAAUGUCACAAAUCGGAUGAUUUAAGCCAUGCUUUCAAACCAUUGAAGACGAGCGACAUUGAGGCCGAAACACACCCUAAAAAUUCUCUCAAACAAUUUUGUCAAACUCUUGAGACAAUAUACGGCAAUUGUAUGACACAAGCGCUCUAUAAGUCACUAGAAUUUGGUUAUUUCAUUGAUAAAAGGGAUACCAUUAGAAUCGCUGGAAACAUAUGCACCAAAAUUGUCUUAAAUAUAGAUAUUUCCAAAUGUUUGAUCUCUCUUUGCGAGGACUUAAAACACUAUUUGGGAUAUUUUGGAUGCCAUGAAAUGAUGUUACAAAUACUUCAGGACAGGGCUAAUGACACGCAGACACAGAUCACAGAAGCGGUGACCACAGCGGCCAUUGACUGUCGCCGAGACCUGUUGUGGAGCUGUCUAUUGCCACGAGUGGCACACAAUAGCGAUUCCGAAGACUUUAGUUUAACUAUCGCUCAAUUCGAUGAACUCUUGGGUUUAGUCGACACAAUCUCUUUGAGUCAAUACGACAAGCGUCUGAUGCCAUUCACCGGUCUUCAGAUGUCAUGGUAUCAGUCUUUGGCCAAAACACUCGUCCAUAAAAUUGGGAUGAAUUACAGAGACUUUUCUUCGCCGGACAUGAAAUCAAUUAAAUUAGAAAUAUGUUUGGUAUUCAAGAAGCAAAUGACAAAUAAGAGCAGCGAAUUGUUUAUGGAAUCCUACACUCAAUGCCAUACUCUGGUCGAGGAAUUCAUCAAUGGUUGCGCUUAUUAUAUGUGGUCCUCAAUCCCGGCCCUAAAUCCGACAAAUAAUCAGUGA